AUGGUGGUAAUUUGUGUCAUGUCUGACUACUGCAGUACUGCUUGUCCAUUUGUUAGCUAACAGCAACAAGCCCAGACGAGCUAGCUAACGUUGGUUGUGUCAGCAUCCAGCAGUGAUCAGCUUGGGGGUUGCAUAGUAACGGCGUCACCAGCCCCAAUUCUAAUUGACUACCUGGGCUGCGUUGGCCCGGGUUUCCCUUGGCCCAGCUCAAAUUUGAGAAUUCCAUUAGAGCCAGCUCGAAUUUGCCCUAAUUGCCCUAAUUUUAAGUGCCAGUGAAAACUGGGAUUUUGAGUGAUGGACAGUGCCAUCCCCACGGCCUCCACAAUGGAUUAGUCCACUCAGACCGGCUUUAAUCAGACAGGUGUCUUGUACACCAUGGACACAUUAUUUUGUUGGGGGGGGGGAUACUGCUUGACUAAAGAAAUCUUGGUCGACUAACAGCCUAUCGACCAAACAAUCGACCAGUCAACUAAAUGGGGUCAGCCCUAUAAAACACACAAGAAUGAAGCUAUAUAUACAAGGAUUACCAUAUCAAUGUGAAGGGAUGUGUGGUAAUAGAGGUAGAUGUGUACAUGUAGGCAGAGGUAAAGUAACUAGGCAUCAGGAUGUAUAAUACUAAGAGUUUAAAAAAAGGUAGCAGCGGUGUGUGUGUGUGUUUUUGUGUUUGUGUUUAAGUGCAUAUAGCCAGUGCAGGUAGAGUCUGCAGAUAGUCCAUACAGUCUGAGUUGCUAUUGAUUAGCUAACCGUCUAAUUGCUUAGAGAUGGAUGCUGUCUCUGGGCCUGUUGGUCUAAUACCUGAUGCUCUGGUACCGCUUGCCUGACGGUAGCAUAGAGAACAGUCUGUGGCUGGUUGUGGCGUUGGACACGUUAAAACUCAUACAUUUCUCUCUUCUCCAGUACCUUCCUGUACCUGAAGUUCCUGGUGGUGUGGGCACUGGUGCUACUGGCAGACUUUGUGCUCGAGUUCAGGUUUGAGUACCUGUGGCCCUUCUGGCUGUUCAUCAGAAGUGUGUACGACUCCUUCAGAUACCAGGGGCUGGUGAGUGUUUGUCUGGCUGUGUCCUGAGUUGGCCUGACCGAUCUGUGGUAUAGACGAGGAGAGCAGGCCUAUGGAGCCUCCACAGAACAAGAUCUGAGCCCUGCACUAGUGCCGCUAUGUUUUUCAAAAUAUUUACAUAAUGUUAUUCCCCCCCAAUUCUCUAGAGGUGACUCUACUAAGUCAUUGAUUGGGCUUUGAUGUCUUUUGCAGAUUUGUUGUUGCAUUUAAUUGCCAAUGUAAUCAUCAAGCAAUGAAAAUGGUGAUGUGGAUAAUAUGUGACCCACAUCUCUCUGGUUGUUUGUAGCAAUGUGUUUUUCUGCCUUUUCGCAGAGCACCUACUAACCCCACUCGCGUCUCCACUCUUCCAGGCGUUUUCAGUGUUCUUUGUGUGUGUGGCAUUUACCUCCGACAUCAUAUGCCUGCUCUUCAUCCCCGUACAAUGGCUGUUCUUUGCUGCCAGUACCUACGUGUGGGUGCAGUAUGUGUGGCACACAGGUAAGCCCUCGUCCUAUUCACCUGCCUUUUAACAAGGAAAAUACCUUAUCGAUUACAGUGAAUUAGUGUGUGGUUAUGAUCCAGUGGAGGCUGCUGAAGAGAGGACGGCUCAUAACAAUGGAUGGAAUGGAUUAAAUGGAAUGGCAUCAAACACAUGGAAACCAUGUGUUUGAUGUAUUUGGUACCAUUCCACAAAUUCCGCUCCAGCCAUUGCUACAAGCCCGUCCUCCCCAAUUAAGGUGCCACCAACCUCCUUUAGUAUGAUCCCUGUAUUGCACCAUUUAAGCCUAGCUGUAAAGAAAUGGAACUGGUGACAGGAGUUUCACAGGAGGGUGAUUCCUCAAGAUACUAGAACAAAAAAAGACCAUGAAUUUUGGGUUUUCCAUGAAAUUGUGUCUAUAGAACGGUAAUUUGGAGGAAGGAUUAAUUACCUAUAUUUGACAUUUGAAUCUUAAAGCAUAAUUGAGAAAUAAUUAAUUAUUUUGUCACUGGAGUAUUAAAGCUGCAAUGUGUAACUUUUUGGGCGACCCACCACAUUCACAUAGAAAUGUGUGUUAUAGAUCUGUCAUUCUCAUUGAAAGCAAGGCUAAGAAGCUGCAAAUCUGUUCUGUGUGCCAUUUCUAUGCUUCCUGUUAAGUUUAGUUUUUGCGUCUUUUACUUUCUGUUUUGUACACCAGCUUCAAACAGUUGAAAAUACAAUAUUUCAUAGCGGUUUAGAUGGUACAAUGAUUCUCUACACUAUACUUCCUUUUUGUCACAUAAACAGAUUUUUUGUUUUUGCAGCCAGGAAAUGGCGGAGCAAUUUCUGCAUAGUGCAUCUUUAAUACACAUUAAUUAUUCCCUACCCUGUGUUGGUGAAUGUGCUUGUGGGUAUUUCUGCCCAGGAGACAAUGGACAGGGGCUAUCUAUGCUCUAUCCAUUGAUUCUGUUUGUCCUGCUGCUGAUGUAAUUAUAGAUGGCCUGGGACUUUGCCAGAAAGCCAGUUUGUUGUUUGAACGUACUAUGAGGGACCAGACAUGGCUGUCUUGCUGUCUCAGCCAACAAUCACACAUUGAGUCAUGUUAGCUCUGGAGAGCUCUUUGUUUUGUUGUAUGCCUCACUGAAAAGCUGUCCUUUUGUGUGUGUCUGUGUCUCACUUUGUACUUGUCACUCAAAAGCUGAUCUACCCUGUUGCUGUUGUGAUGUUCUUGUGGGGGGCUGCUUCGCUGACCACAGUGUAAAACCUUGUUUCAUAUUUGGAGGAAGUAGGUCUGCAUGGAUAUUUUUCAUGUGGACGUGUGGUUAUCAUGACCAUGUACCGUGCCUUCAGAAAGUAUUCACACUCCUUGACUUUUCCCACAUUUUGUUGUGUUACAAAGUGAGAUUAAAAUGGAUUUGUCAUUUUAUUUUUAUGAUCUACACAAAAUACUCUGUCAAAGUGGAAGAAAUUCUAAGAUAUGUAAAAAUAAUAAUAUGAUAAAUAAAACGCUAAUAGCUGUAUCUUGAUUUGAUAAGUAUUCAACACAUGUUAGAAUCACCUUUGGCAGCGAUUACAGCUGUGAGUCUUUCUGAGUAAGUCUUUCCACACCUGGAUUGUGCAACAUUAGCCUUUUUAUUCUUCAAGCGCUGUCAAAUUGGUUGUUGAUCAUUUCUAGACAACCGUUAUCAGGUCUGGCCAUAGAUUUUCAAGCAGAUUUAAGUCAAAACUGUAACUCGGCCAUUCAGGAACAUUUACUGUCUUCUUGGUAAGCAACUUCAAUGUAGAUUUGGCCUUGUGUUUUAGGUUAUUGUCCUGCUGAAAGGUGAAUUCAUCUCCCAGUGUCUGGUGGAAAGCAGACUGAACCAGGUUUUCAUCUAGGAUUGUUUUUUUGUUUAAAUUUUUUUUAACCUCCCCAGUCCUUAACAAUCACUCUGUCAAUUAGGUUAGUAUUGUGGAGUAACUACAAUGUUGUUCAUCCAUCCUCAGUUUUCUCCUAUCACAGCCAUUAAACUCUAACUGUUUUAAUGUCACCAUUGUCCUCAUGUUUCCCUUCUCUCAGGCAACUGAGUUAGAAAGGACGCCUGUAUCUUUGUAGUGAACGUGUGUAUCGAUACAGCAUCCAAAGUGUUAAUAACUUCACCAUGCUCAAAGGGAUAUUCAAUGUCUGCAUUUUUUUUUUUUUACCCAUCUACUGAUAGGUGCCCUACUUUGUGAGACAUUGGGAAAACCUCCCUGGUCUAUGUGGUUGAAUCUGUGUUUGAAAUUCACUGCUCGACUGAGGGACCUUACAGAUAAUUGUACAGUGCAUUCGGAAAGUAUUCAGACCCCUUCACUUUUUCCACAUUUUGUUACGUUGCAGCCUCAUUCUAAAAUGUAUUAAAUACAUGUGUUUCCUCAUCAAUCUACACACAAUACCCCAUAAUGACAAAGCAAAAACAGGUUUUUAGAAAUGUUAGCAAAUGUAUUAAAAAUAAAACUCAGAAAUACCUUAUUUACAUAAGUAUUCAGACCCUUUGCUAUGAGACUCUAAAUUGAGCUCAGGUGCAUCUUGUUUCCAUUGAUCAUCCUUGAGAUGUUUCUACAACUUGAUUGGUUGGACAUGAUUUGAAAAGUGGCACACCUGUCUAAUAUAAGGUCUCACAGUUGACAGUGUAUGUCAGAGCAAAAACCAAGCCAUGAGGUCGAAGGAGUUGUCCGUAGAGCUCCGAGACAGGAUUGUGUCGAGGCACAGAUCUGGGGAAGGGUACCAAAAAAUUUCUGCAGCAUUUAAGGUUCCCAAGAACACAGUGGCCUCCAUCUUUCUUAAAUGGAAGAAGUUUGAAACCACCAAGACCAAACUGAGCAAUCGGGGGAGAAGGACCUUGGUCAGGGAGGUGACCAAGAACCCGAUGGUCACUCUGACAGAGCUCCAGAGUUCCUCUGUGGAGAUGGGAGAACUUUCCAGAAGGACAACUAUCUCUGCAGCACUCCACCAAUCAGGCCUUUAUGGUAGUGGCCAGACGGAAGCCACUCCUCAGUAAAAGGCACAUGACAACCCGCUUGGAGUUUGCCAAAAGGCACCUAAAGGACUCUCAGACCAUGACAAACAAGAUUCUCUGGUCUGAUGAAACCAAGAUUGAACUCUUUGUCCUGAAUGCCAAGCGUCACAUCUGGAGGAAACCUGGCACCAUCCCUACGGUGAAGCAUGGGGGUGGCAGCAUCAUAGUGUGGGGAUGUUUUUCAGCUGCAGGGACUGGGAGACUAGUCAGGAUCGAGGGAAAGAUGAACGGAGCAAAGUACAGAGAUCCUUGAUGAAAACCUGCUCCAGAGUGCUCAGAUUGGGGCGAAGGGUCACCUUCCAACAGGACAACGACCCUAAGCACACAGCGUAGACAACGCAGGAGUGGCUUUGGGACAAGUCUCUGAAUGUCCUUGAGUGGCCCAGCCAGAGCCCGGACUUGAACCUGAUCGAACAUCUCUGGAGAGACCUGAAAAUAGCUGUGCAGUGACGCUCCCCAUCCAACCUUACAGAGCUUGAGAGGAUCUGCAGAGAAGAAUGGGAGAAACUCCCCAAAUACAGGUGUGCCAAGCUUGUAGCGUCAUACCCAAGAAGACUUGAGGUUGUAAUCGCUGCCAAAGGUGCUUCAACAAAGUACUAAGUAAAGGGUCUGAAUACUUAUGUAAAUAUGAUAUUUCAGUUUGAUUUUUAAUACAUUUGCUAAAAAAUAAAAAAUGCUUUGUCAUUAUGGGGUGUUGUGUGUGUGUGUGUGUGUGUGUGUGUGUAGACUGCUGAGAACCCCCCGAUUUUUAAUCCAUUUUAGAAUAAGGCUGUAACGUAACAAAAUGUGGAAAUGGUCAAGGGGUCUGAAUACUUUCCAAAUGCACUGUAUGUGUGGGGUACAGAGUAGCAGAGAUGAGGUAGUCAUUCAAAAAUCAUGUGAACACUAUUAUUGCAAACAGUUAUUCCAUGCAACUUUUGUGGCUUGUUAAGCAAUGUAUUACUCCUGAACGUAUUUAGGCUUCCCAUAACAAAGGGGUUGAAUACUUAUUGACUCAAGACAUUUCAGCUUUUUUAUUAAUUUGUAAACAUUUAUAAAACCAUAUUCCACUUUGACAUUAUGGGGUAUUGUGUGUAGGCCAGUGACCAUUUUAAAUUCUGGCUGUAACACAACAAAAUGUGGAAAAAGUCAAGGGGUGUGAAUAUAUUCUGAAGGCACUGUAUCUUGAUGCAUGUAGUUGUGUGGUUAUCAUGACCAGUAGUCUCUUUCCUGUUCUCACACCUUGUUUUGCUUUCACAGAGAGAGGGGUCUGUCUCCCCACAGUGUCUCUUUGGAUACUAUUUGUGUACAUAGAGGCAGCCAUCAGAUUCAAAGACCUGAAGAACUUCCAUGUCGACUUGUGUCGCCCAUUUGCUGCACAUUGGUAAGUUGUUAAAGGAAAUCCCCACCCAAAAACAAUAUUUUGGUAUUUGUUUCAUUCAUGCUCUGAAGGCAGGUCUGGGUGUAGACUAUUUGGGAGGAAGAAGCCUUCUCAGACCCACAGGCCAAGAAAGGGAUGGGAUUGUUCUGCCCCAUUUCACUCUCAGAAAACCAAUAUUUCUGCUUGUUAGGCAUAAUGCACAAGUAAUGACUGCUGGAUAUCCCCUCAGACUCCACUCUCCAAAAAGAGAACAAGAUAACGUGCUGGUUUCAUUCAAUCUGUAGAAUUAUGAAAAAUCAUACAUCUUCUAAGAGAGGGUUUAAGAAAUAUUUCUGCCCCAGAUCUGUAAAGUCAUACACCCCUGUUGGGUGGGAAAGACCUCCAUUUAUAAUCUAAGUACUCUUAAAGACCUCUAAGUGGAUUUAGAUAACAGCUCAAUUACAGCGCAUAAUACAUGCUAUGUAGUAAUGCAGGAUAUUAGGGCCUGUAAUUCCUCUAGCUUUACUUACGACAGUGAUGUUCAUCUCAAGGCUUUUUUUUCAUAGUACCUAUGCUUGUCUCAACUUGUGAACCAGUUUGUCUUGGGGAUACAUCAGGCAGGAUGAGUUGUCUGAACUUUGUUCUUGAUCUAUCUCUCUGUAGCAUUGGCUACCCGGUGGUGACGCUGGGCUUUGGCUUCAAGAGCUACGUCAGCUAUAAGAUGCGCUUAAGAAAGCAGAAGGAGGUGCAGAAGGAGAAUGAGUUCUACAUGCAGCUCCUGCAGCAGGCCCUGCCCCCAGAGCAACAGAUGCUACAGAAACAAGAGAGGGAGGCAGAGGAAGGUGAGAUGCACGCAUGCCUUGCAACAGAUGCUCCAGAUACCAUAGAAAAGGAUGUGGUUCAAGUGAUGAUCCAAGCGAUUGUCCGACUCCUAAUAAAUAUGUAUUUAAUCUCUCUCCUUUCUUACUUUCACCCUCCAUUCAGCUGCAGCAGCUAAAGGGAUAUCCGAUGUGGACUCCGCCCCAGUCUCACAGAAUGGCGCACUCGCCAGUAAAAAGACGCCAGCACCGCUGCCGGAGCUGGAGUACAGAGAAAAAGGGAAAGAGGGCCGCGAGGCCAAAAAACAACACAACAGCAUCCUGCCAUCAUCGGUAGACUCUAAACUCCAGGAGAUGGAGUACAUGGAGAACCAUAUGAACAACAAGAGACUGACCAUAGAACUGGUGGGCAGCACAGAAAACCUGCUGCUAAAGGAGGAUAACUCCUCUUCCUCCUGCUCCUCCUCCUCAUCCUCCUCCUCAAAAAACUACAAGAACGCUAGUGGCAACACCGCAAUUAACUCCUCGCCCCGCGGACACAGCGCCACCAAUGGCAGCGUCCCCUUGUCAGCCCCUUCUUCCUCGGGGAAGAAGCAGAAGUGUGCAGUGGGGAAGGGUCCAGCAGCGGGCUCCCACAGGGACCCAACGGACAACUGCAUCCCCAACAAUCAGCUGAGCAAGCCUGAGGCGCACGUACGGUAAGAGCACUUAUAUGCAGAUGCACAUACUGUAUGCACCUGGUUGAGCAGGCUGAAGGUGCUCUUACGAUAAGAGCACAUAUUAUGUACACAGCACAGUAUGUACAGCACAUGCACCAGGUUAAGUGAGUUUAACACACACCCAUUAGAGAAGCCUACGGCACUAGUACAGUAGCUAGAACACAUGCAUCCAUACACAAACAGCUGUGCUUGCUUGAGGCCACAUACACACACUCACUCAUUAAGGCGUCUGCAUGCUUCCCGGCCGGAACAGUUCGUGCAUAUACAGUUGAAGUCGGAAGUUUACAUACACUUAGGUUGGAGUCAUUAAAACUCGUUUUUCAACCACUCCACAAAUUUCUUGUUAACAAACUAUAGUUUUGGCAAGUCGGUUAGGACAUCUACUUUGUGCAUGACACAAGUAAUUUUUCCAACAAUUGUUUACAGACAGAUUAUUUCACUUAUAAUUGACUGUAUCACAAUUCCAGUGGGUCAGAAGUUUACAUACACUAUGUUGACUGUGCCUUUAAACAGCUUGGAAAAUUAUGUCAUGGCUUUAGAAGCUUAGGCUAAUUUACAUCAUUUGAGUCUGUGGAUGUAUUUCAAGGCCUACCUUCAAACUCAGUGCCUCUUUGCUUGACAUCAUGGGAAAAUCAAAAGAAAUCAGCCAAGACUUCAGAAAAAAAAUUGUAGACCUCCACAAGUCUGGUUCAUCCUUGGGAGCAAUUUCCAAACGCCUGAAGGUACCACGUUCAUCUGUACAAACAAUAGUACGCAAGUAUAAACACCAUGGGACCACGCAGCCAUCAUACCGCUCAGGAAGGAGACGCGUUCUGUUUCCUAGAGAUGAACGUACUUUGGUGCGAAAAGUGCAAAUCAAUCCCAGAACAACAGCAAAGGACCUUGUGAAGAUGCUGGAGGAAACGGGUACAAAAGUAUCUAUAUCCACAGUAAAACGAGUCCUAUAUCAACAUUACCUGAAAGGCCGCUCAGCAAGGAAGAAGCCACUGCUCCAAAACCGCCAUAAAAAAGCCAGACUACGGCUUGCAACUGCACAUGGGGACAAAGAUCUUACUUUUUGGAGAAAUGUCCUCUGGUCUGAUGAAACAAAAAUAGAACUGUUUGGCCAUAAUGACCAUCGUUAUGUUUGGAAGAAAAAGGGGGGUAGCUUGCAAGCCGAAGAACACCAUCCCAACCGUGAAGCACGGAGGUGGCAGCAUCAUGCUGUGGGGGUGCUUUGCUGCAGGAGGUACUGGUGCACUUCACAAAAUAGAUGGCAUCAUGAGGAAGGAAAAUUAUGUGGAUAUAUUGAAGCAACAUCUCAAGACAUCAGUCAGGAAGUUAAAGCUUGGUCACAAAUGGGUCUUCCAAAUGGACAAUGACCCCAAGCAUACUUCCAAAGUUGUGGCAAAAUGGCUUAAGGACAACAAAGUCAAGGUAAGACAACAAAGCCCUGACCUCCAUCCUAUAGAAAAUGUGUGGGCAGAACUGAAAAAGCGUGUGCGAGCAAGGAGGCCUACAAACCUGACUCAGUUACACCAGCUCUGUCAGGAGGAAUGGGCCAAAAUUCACCCAACUUAUUGUGGGAAGCUUGUGGAAGGCUACCCGAAACGUUUGACCCAAGUUAAACAAUUUAAAGGCAAUGCUACCAAAUACUAAUUGAGUGUAUGUAAACUUCUGACCCAAAGGCAAUGUGAUGAAAGAAAUAAAAGCUGAAAUAAAUCAUUCUCUCUACUAUUAUUCUGACAUUUCACAUUCUUAAAAUAAAGUGGUGAUCCUAACUGACCUAAGACGGCAUUUUUACUAGGAUUAAAUGUCAGGAAUUGUGAAAAACUGAGUUUAAAUGUAUUUGGCUAAGGUGUAUGUAAACUUCCGACUUCAACUGUAUUAUGACAUUUUGUGAUGUUUUGGUCUUCGGCAAGGGUUUUUUCAGUUGUUUGUGCACAUUAAAUUUUUUCUCAAGGCAAGCCGAAGUUGGUAGACUAAGUCUACGCCCCUUCGUCGGUGAUUGGUCAACAGUAGGGAUUCUUCAAUGAAGUGUUCAACGAGAGACUAAUCCAUUAGUUUUCAUGCAAAUGUUUUAACUUGAAAGAUACUAUUGUACUAUUACCGUUUUUUUUUCUUGUUUUUCAAGCGAAGGUCUUUUAAGGGAGUUUGCGAGCACACUCGUUUGGUUCACCUAGCCGAAGCAUGCUGAAUGUCAGUAACUUGCUCGUACAUGAUGGCUGCAUGGGAUGCUUCCCCUCAUGUGAGUUUGGAGGCAGUCCCUGACACCUCAAACUGACCCUGCUGCAGUGCAGGCUCCAGAUAGAUAAGCGUUAAGUAGAGCUGUUUCCACUGUGUGGGCUGGGGUGGGAGAAACUUGGACUGUUACAAUCUAUGGUUUGCCACAAAAAGAUGCUGGCUGAAAAUGAGAACCUUGAGUUUGGUAUGGCUGUGUCAGCCUGUUUGUGUCUGUAGUUGUUCAGCUGGGUGUAUGGUGGUGCUGUAGGUCAGCUACAGACACAGUGGUGUGGGUGGAAAUGUAAGACGAAAGUCAAUUCUGGUGUGGCAAGUUGUCAUGGUGUUCAGGGUAAUAUGUGCCCUGCAUUUGCCACACUCUCAGACUAGUGGCUUCCCUGGCUUACAUUAUUGGUACAUUGUGUUUUUGCCGUAUACAAAUAUGGCUGAAUAGACACUUGGCUAGCAGGUGUUUCUUAUUGGUGAGUUGUUGCUUUUUGCAUUGAUUGUACACAUAAUGAUAACAAAGCUGUGGAUGUCUAGUCUUUUAGCCUUUGUUUAAAGAACUUCUGACUCCAAAGGCAAAAGUAAACAGACCAAAGAACUGUACAUAAAAGAAAAGCAAGCCAUUUUGAAGGUGAAAGACGAGACAACUUAAAGCAAGAACCGUAGUAAAGAAAACGGUUACAGUUAAAACAACAAUUUGGAACAUCAUGAAAAAGAAAAACCACCGGUGACUAUCAAUCGGCAAUGAUCUUUUUGGCCAAGAAAAACAAAUGGCCAACAGCCACAAUCUACCAUCAGCAGGAGGCUUUGACAGCAGAACAACAGGCUUCAGUCACAGCCAAAUGCCAAAACCACUCCGCAGCAGCAGAACAGAAAAGACAGGUUAGAAAUUAGCUAUGCAGUACAAAGAAUGCCCUUCUGAAACAAAGUCUUAUGAGCAGAUGAAACCAAGAACUGUGGAUGAUCCAAAGCUACUAUAUGCACUAUGCAGAAACAUCAUGUACCGGACGGCAGUAGCCUCGAGGUUAGAGAAGCGGGCAAUGUCUCAGGUGCCGCCUACUGCCGAUGUUCCCUUGAGCAAGGAACGUAUCCCCCCUAAACUGCUCAUUGGGUGCUGCACUGCGGAAGCCCUCUGCUCCAGCCUUUCCAACCUAAUGUGUGUUUGUGUAUAUACACUACAUGACCAAAAGUAUGUGGACACCUGCUCGAACAUCUCAUUCCAAAAUCAUGGGCAUUAAUAUGGAGUUGGUCCCCCCUUUGCUGCUAUAACAUAAAAUGUAUGCACGCAUGACUGUAAGUCGCUUUGGAUAAAAGCGUCUGCUAAGUGGCAUUAUUAUUAUUAUUAUUAUUAGUAUUAGUAUUAUUAUUAUUAUUAUUAUUAUAACUGCCUCCACUCUUCUGGGAAAGCUUUCCACUAGAUGUUGGAACAUUGCUGUGGGGACUUGCUUCCAUUCAGCCACAAGAGCGUUAGUGAGGUCGGGCACUGAUGUUGGGCGAUUAGGCCUGGCUCGCAGUCUGCGUUCCAAUUCAUCCCAAAGGUGUUUGAUGGGGUUGAGGUCAGGGCUUUGUGCAGGGCAGUGAAGUUCUUCCACACCGAUCUCGACAAACCAUUUCUGUAUGGACCUCGCUGUGGGCAUUGUCAUGCUGAAACAGGAAAGGGCCUUCCCAAAACUGUUGCCAGAAAGUUGGAAGCACAGAAUUGUCUAGAAUGUCAUUGUAUGCUGUAGCGUUAAGAUUUCCCUUCACUGGAACUAAGGGGCCUAGCCCAAACCAUGGAAAAACAGCCCCAGACCAUUAUUCUUCCUCCACCAAACGUUACAGUUGGCACUAUGCAUUGGGGCAGGUAGCGUUCUCCUGGCAUCCGCCAAACCCAGAUUCGUCCAUCGGAUUGCCAGAUGGUGGCGCGUGAUUCAUCACUCCCAGAGAACGUGUUUCCACUGGUCCAGAGUCCAAUGGCGGUGAGCUUUACACCACUCCAGCCGAUGCUUGGCAUUGCUCAUGGUGAUCUUAGGCUUGUGAAGCUCACGACGAACAGUUCUUGUGCUGGUGUUGCUUCCAGAGGCAGUUUGGAACUAGGUAGUGAGUGUUGUAACCGAGGACAGGACGAUUUUUACGCGCUACGCGAUUCAGCACUCGGCGGUCCCGUCCUGUGAGCUUGUGUGGUCUACCACUUUGCUGCUGAGCCGUUGUUGCUCCUAGAUGUUUCCACUUCACAAUAACAGCACUUACAGUUGACCUGGGCAGCUCUAGCAGGGCAGAAAUGUGACAAACUGACUAGUUGGAAAAGUGGCCAUCCUAUGACGGUGCCAUGUUGAAAGUCACUGAGCUCUUCAGUAAGGCCAUUCUACUGACAAUAUUUGUCUAUGGAGAUUGCAUGGCUGUUCUCGGUUUUAUACACCUUUCAGCAACGGGUGUGGCUGAAAUAGCUGAAGCCACUAAUUUGAAAGGGUGUCCACAUACUUCUGUAUAUAGUGUGUGUGUGUGUCAGAGGGGUUGGGGGGGAAAAGCAGAAGACAUUUCCAUCUCAUAUGGACUAAUAUAGUACAUCUUAUCGUAUCUUCAUCAAAUUGUCUCUCUCCUCCCUCUCCCGUCCGCUUCACUCUUCCUCAUCAUCCCCUCCUUCUCCAUUUAUUUCCUUCCACCUUCCAACCCUGCAGGCUGGAGCAGGAUGUGAAGAAGUUGAAGGCAGACCUGCAGGCCAGCAGACAGGUGGAGCAGGACCUGCGCAGUCAGAUCGGCUCCCUGAGCAGCGCUGAGCGCUCCAUCCGCUCUGAGCUGGGCCAGCUGCGCCAAGAGAACGAGCUGCUGCAGAACAAGUGAGUGGCACAGGUCAAAGGUCAUGCAUGACUGGAUCUGAUCACCUGCUGGGACUAGGACCAGGACCAGGAGCUUUUCCUUGUCAGGUCAGGUAGUCAGGAAAAACUCAGGGGGACCUAGCAGGGUUAUCAUACAGCUUUUUUCAUGUAAGCUCAGGAGACUCAAAACACUGGAUUUAGCUUGGAAUGCCCUUGUCGAAAUGCCUUUGUCCAGGGUCAGGAAGAGCUAGUUUGAAAUGGAGGGAUAACUCUGUGCUAAGACAUUCAGGAGUGGGGGAGGACUGACAGGAUGGAUUUUGUUAAAUCAUAAAAAUAGUGGAUUUUACAGAUUAGGAUCGAGUCUACUGCUCCUCUCAGUGCAGGCUUCAUAUCACAGCAGUCCAGACUGGAGCAGAGGUAGCACUUAUGCAUCUGGCUGCUUUAAUUGUCCAAUUAACAGUCAUUAUUGACCAAAAGGAUUCCUGGGUGUCCUAGGCGCAGGAUCGCAUUAGUGAAAACCAAGACUGUUCUCAGGGCAGGCUUGGUUGUAGCUAGGUAUUUUCGAGUCAGGUCGGGGACAAUUCUAGCAUUUUAGCUAACCCUUUUCCUAAUCUUAACUUAAUUCUCCUAACCUGCCAUGUUAAUUAUCCUAACCUGCUAUAAAAAGUCACUUCUGCUUGUCAAAACCGGCAGACCUGCCCUGAGAGCAGUGUGAGUAUCCACUAAUGUGAUACAGCUUCGGAAGUGAGGACCACCCUAAUAUGGCAGUUAUCUACAUACAGACACAAACUCAGUUGUUAUGGCCAGUUAAUCAUGUGAUGCAAUUAAAGGGGAGGUGACAAGUAGGUCCUCCCAGCCUACCCCUAAUGACCAGCUGAUUCCUAUUCAAUCUCAUCAGAGCCUGAUUCACUCAUUUGUUCUGUCUGUUGGUGGAGACUCUGUUGGAUUAUGCUAGGCUAAGGAUUACUGAAGUACUGAGAAAUGGGUGGGCCGUUGGCUUGGUUACCAAACUGACCAGCCAUUCUGUCAUCUAACUGACCAUACUCCACAAUGCAUAGACUCAGUGGUUACUUACACUCAUGAACAUGGCUAGGUUUUAGCACUAUUGUUCUCACAUAGAGACACACACACCCUGGGGUGGGAUGGAGUCCCACUGGCUGCUGGCUCACGUGGUGCUGCAUGGUCUGUGGCUGCUGUGUGUGUGCAGGCUCCAUAACGCUGUCCAGGCCAAGCAGAAGGACAAGCAGGCCGUGGGCCAACUAGAGAAGAGGCUGAAGGUUGAGCAGGAGGCCCGCACCAACGCAGAGAAACAGCUUUCAGACGAGAAGAAACGCAAAAAACUGGAGGAGGCCACCACAGCUAGAGCCGUCGCACUAGCAGCAGCAUCCAGGUAAAAGCUCCAGAGUUCCCCUUAAAUACAUUAUCAGCUAUCAGUUGUUGUUGUUAGCCAGUUUCAAGCUAUUCCCUGCUGUUAGUAUAUGUGCGAUCCCCCUCUCUCUGUCUGCUCCACAGGGGGGAGUGCACAGAUACGCUGAGGAGGCGGAUCACGGAACUGGAGACUGAGUGUAAGAAGCUGACCAUGGACAUCAAGCUCAAAGAAGACCAGAUCCGAGAGCUGGAGAUGACAGUGCAGGUGAGGAUCACUGUUAAGUUAAGACUCGGGUAUGUUUUGUUGGAGACUUUUGAUGUCAAGAACAUUUUUAGUUAAAUGAACACAUGUUGACUCAUGCACACCUGCUGUACACUGGCACACAGACAAUGCCACUUGUACUGAUGUUCUUUCCCUCUCUCAGGAGCUCCACAAGUAUAAGGAGAAUGAGAAGGACACAGAAGUGCUGAUGUCAGCGCUGUCGGCCAUGCAGGAUAAGACCCAGCACCUGGAGAACAGCCUGUCUGCAGAGACCCGCAUCAAACUGGACCUGUUCUCAGCACUGGGAGACGCUAAAAGACAGCUGGAGAUUGCACAAGGUCAGUGUUCAGCCUUGGUCCCUUCUGCAAUACUGCUUUAGUCUCACCUAUCUCCUACUGAAUGUGAUUGAUGUAGAAUAGAUUGCAUGACAUGAAUGUCUAAUCUGAAAGUUUCUUGCUGGGUGCGUCUGUCUCUCUUAGGUCAGAUCCUGCAGAAGGACCAGGAGAUCAAGGACCUGAAGCAGAAGAUAGCCGAGGUGAUGGCAGUCAUGCCCAGCAUCUCCUACACAGCUGACAGCAGCAACAUGACUCCUGUGGCCCCCCACUACUCCUCCAAGUUCAUGGACACCAGUCCCUCUGGCCUGGACCCCAAUGCCUCUGUCUACCAGCCCCUCAAAAAGUGA